GAAUAAAGUAUGACGAAGCGGGGAUUGUCUUUCGAUCGCCAGCUAGCCGACUUCGUGUCCGUUGUUCCUCAAAAUGGCUGACAAAGAAUGGCGCUCAGAAGUUGUCGAAAAACUGAAAGCCAUUGUAACCGAUCCUAAGGAAUAUGCAGAAAUUGCUCGCUUUCUGGCCGCAGAAGAGGAUAAAAUGAAUGGCUAUAAGAAAUCUGGAAUUUGGAAAAUUCUGUACGACGUUGUGGACUCAGACAAGUACUUCCUCUCCAUUCUGCGGAGUAUCAAGUCGGAAACGGAAAGCAAAAGCCCCAGGAGUGUCGAUCACUCGUUGAUUACACCUGACGUGCGUCAUAAGUGGGGCCAUCCGGAUAUCACUGACCUGGCCGUGUGCGGCGCCAUGGGCGGCGCCAGCGGCUUAGCAGCCUUUCCUGCCACACAGGCCAGCAUUUUGCCGGUAGUGCAGAUCCUAGUUAGCCCGGCGCUGAUGCCCAUUGUCCAGCAGGCAGCAGACGUGGUCAAAGCAAUGGGCCGGAGAGCUCCAGUGGCGCUUGCUGCGGUCUACCUUUCUUGGGAGGCGAUGAGGACCAUCUCGCACUGGUGGAACGGUAAGAUAAGCGGCCGUCGCGUCGCUAAAUCACUGGUCGAUCAGGGCGUGACGGUAGCUGCAGGAUGUGGUGCAGCCGUGGCCGGAGCAGCGUUAGGCGGUCUGUUAGGUCCAGUGGGAGCGCUUGCCGGUGGGGUUAUUGGGAGUCUGGUGGGCGGCAGCACGGCGGCGUUCUUAGUGGAUUGGUUGACACAGAAUUUGUUCGAUAUUCCCAAGGACGAAGCAGUGGAGAACGCGUACUCUUUCUUAGGCUGCACCCGGAGUUCUACUAAUAAAGAGAUUAACGACAAGUACCAUGCUGCCUGUCUAAAGCACCAUCCGGAUAAGGGCGGAGACGUUGAAAUGUUUCGAAAGCUGCAGAACUGCAUGGGUGUUAUCAAAGUGGCCAGAGGUGAACAGUACGGAGCGACGGACGAAGUACGAUAUCUGGAAUUCUGACUUUCAGCUCCGGCAUUACGACCGCCUGAAUCCACAGUGCAAUCAAACUAUUUACGACUAACAACAAAAGCUAGUUUUGUCCUGCACUCGAUACCCCAUACUAACGAGUGAUUCUGUUCAACCCCCGAGUUGCAAUAAAAGUUAUGAAUAAUAAUAAGAGAAACAUCACGAAGUUCGCGACUUUGCGUCGGUGGCCUGGGGUCGCUUCCAACUUCCAAGGGGGCUCAUUUCAAACGCAAAGUGUGGAAUACGUACGUAUAUCGUAUCCAUGUACUCUGUAGAAGACUAUUUGGAUGUGCGUUUGUCCUCAUUAACUUGCCACGCUGAUAUUUUGAAGCGGAAAUGAAAAAUCGGAUUAUUCCUUUUUUAAUGCCCCGACCACACUGUGCUGUUAAUACA